AUGGGCCGGCCUGUUGAACACAAAGCAAACUACAGAAAGACUGCAUUGGCCAAGCCUGAGCUAUAUAACAGCAACAAAAAGAAGUUCCAGAACUUCUUUGAAUCAUUACAGCUCCACUUUGGAGCAAACCCCGAAUACUUCCGGAUAGAGGUGAACAAGAUUAAUUUUGCCCUAUCCUAUAUGACAAGUGGAGCAGCAGCAGCACUACAAACAGAAUGGGUUGAGAGAAAGAUGCCAGCAGAGGAGCCGACAGAUAUUGAGGAGAUAGAACAGUUGGAAAGCUGGGCUCAUUUUGAGUCCAUGCUCAAAGACCACUUCCAAGGCAUGUUCAAGGAGGAAAGAAGCAAGUACGAGAUUAUGUACUUGAAACAGGGUACCCUUACUACACAAGAGUACUUUGUAAAAUUUGAAGCAACAAGAAGACGCGCAGGAUACAAUGUGAAAGGGAAUGAACAAUUCCUAAUCACAUUAAUCAGAAACAACAUAAAUGCCCCCCUGAUCAAACAGAUCAUCUACUCGGGAAAUAUUCCCAAAACUUACACUGAGUGGAAAACAAGGAUCAUUACAAAUGAUCAGCUGUGGUGGGAUCAAGCGGAGAACGAGCGGAUGAUGAAAGGUAUGGCCAACAGCAGCUCUGGUUCCGGAAACUGGGGACCCAAUGGUUGGUACCAAGGAGAGGGCGCUUUGGAGAAGAAGGCCGAGAUGUUGGAAGAGAAGAAAGACGGGACUGGAACCACCUAUGGUGGAACCGGUCAAAGAAUGGAAGUUGACAAGGCAAAGUACCGGGCAGAAGGCAGGUGCUUCAAGUGUGGAGAAAAGGGGCACAGGGCCCAGGAUCACAAAGAAGGAGGCAGUGCAGCUGCAAAGCCGAAGUUCAACCUUUGCACCAUGUUGGAAGGAAUGAAGAAAGAAGAGCAAGAUGAGCUCUUAAAGGAUUUUUAA